UUGUGUGUGUGUGUGUGUGUGUGUCUGUCUGGAAUAAAAUGAAUUCCCACAUAUUGAACGGAAUAAAAUCCCAAAUACGUACGAAAUAUAACGUUCGCUGAACAUUACGCGACGAAAGGAUCGGCUACAGUGUUUAAGGAGGAAGAAGACGAGGGAAGAGGUGUUUCUCCAGGCCCUUUCUCCUCUUUCAUUAUUUAUUUCCUUAUUAACUGCGAUCAAAACAUUGAUGGUCGAUCAUUCGCCGCUGAGCUCGAGACCCGCGGAUUAUCGUGCAGUUUUUCACUUCGGUGAGUGAGUGUGUCGCGAUGGCUCGCCCACGGCCCCGGGAAUAUAAAGCUGGAGAUCUGGUUUUCGCCAAGAUGAAGGGAUACCCGCACUGGCCGGCGAGGAUUGAUGAGCUGCCAGAGGGAGCCGUGAAGCCGCCAGCUAAUAAAUACCCCAUCUUCUUCUUUGGUACCCAUGAGACUGCUUUCCUGGGCCCUAAAGACCUGCUGCCCUACAAGGAAUAUAAAGACAAGUUUGGCAAGUCAAACAAGAGAAAAGGGUUUAAUGAAGGCCUGUGGGAAAUUGAAAACAACCCUGGUGUCAAAUUCACUGGUUACCAGGUGGUGCAGCAGCAGAGUUCGUCGGAGACGGAGGGGGAAGGAGGGAACGCGGCCGACGGCAGCAGCGAGGGCGACUCCGUGGGCGAGGAAGAGGAGGGCAAAAUGAAGAGUGACAAGGUCGGAUCCAAGCGGAAAAAAACAGCAUCCUCAAAGAUGUCGUCCAAGCUGUCCAGGAAGGGAUCGGGGGAUGAAGAUCUGGAGAAGGAUGGGAAAGAUGAGCAGAAGAGCGGAUCGGAGGCUGGUGACCAUGACAACAACAUCCAGAACUCUUCAGACAAGACCUGCAGUCAAGGGAAUCUCCGGGAGGAUCAUUAGACGAUCAUCGGACGACGGCUCGUGACGCUGAUAUGUCAUAUUGUAAAUGCAUCUUAUUACACUGAUCGCUUGCAAACUCACACAUUAUUAUCUGGGUCAGUCAAACACACACACACACACGCAGUAAAAGAAAACACAACGUCCAGGAUUCACACACAAACGUCAUUCCUUUCUGCUGAUUUGAUUUUAGAGGUUUAGCUUUAGUCCGUUCAGAUCUCGUUCAUUCCUCUCGUGUCGUGAUAGAGAUUUCUUUCUCUCACAGUGGAUCAAACAGACGACUUUCACGCUUUUCCGUAAUCCGAGAGAGAAGCGAGUGGAAGCGUGGAGUCUGUAUGAAGUCUCGUGCACAAGCAGAGUUUAACUCUAUUAUCUCUGUACAUUUGAUUUGGCUGUAGAUUGUAGGAUCUCUGUAUAUUCUCCCAGCACUAGCGGUUCUGUGUCGUGGGUUGGUUGUUUUCUAGCCUUUCUAGUGGCAUGCUGUAGUUCCACAUGUUGAUGAUGUUCUUCUGUCUGUCCGUUCCUGAUCACAGACUCUUCCCUACAGAAAACCGGCCCUUUGUUUUUAUUAUUUCUUAUCUUUGUUUAUAUAAAGAAUAUAUUCUAUUUAUUUUUGAUGAUGGUAGAUGACACAUCUGUGGUAAAUUCGCACUCACCAAUGUGGUUUUCCUGUCGUUUCAUUUUUAUUGCCUCAUACAUGUUGCAUUUUCAAGGUUUGUAGCCACAUGUAAACUGUUUUUCCUGUUUAUUGACAAGAAUUUUACAGAAUAAACUCAUUGGAAUGCAA